AGAAAAAGACUUGCAAGCAGAAAUUUCCUACUUGCUUCUUAGCUUGUCCUAAAGGCUAAAGCACAUGAUGAUAAAUGUGGCAAAACCCAGCUCCCAAAUAGUCAUGAAAACCCAAACUACUUCUGCAACUUUAGCAAUUGUCUCCUUCCUUCUUCUCCAUGCUUCCAUGGCAGCUUCAGAUCCAAUCCAAGACACCUUCCUCCAAUGCCUCUCCAAUCUUUCCCAAUCCCCCUCUCCACCAAUCUCAUCAGUCACCUAUUUCCCCACCAACCCUUCAUACACACCAAUCUUACAUUCCUACAUAAGAAACCUUAGAUUCACAACCCCUAAAACCCCAAAACCCUCAUUCAUUGUCACUCCAACCCAUGUUUCUCACAUCCAAGCCUCAAUCCUCUGCUCCAAAAUCCAUAACCUUCAAGUCAGAAUCCGCAGCGGUGGCCAUGACUAUGAUGGCCUCUCUUACAUCUCAGAUGUUCCAUUCAUCAUUAUUGACAUGUUCAAUCUUCGAUCCAUAACAGUCAACAUAGAAGAUGAAAGUGCUUGGGUCGAGUCUGGAGCAACACUAGGUGAAGUUUAUUACAGAAUAGCUGAGCAGAGCAAAAUACAUGGCUACCCAGCUGGGGUUUGUCCCACAGUGGGAGUCGGAGGACACUUGAGUGGAGGUGGGUAUGGAAAUAUGAUGAGGAAACAUGGCUUAUCAGUUGAUAACAUUCUUGAUGCUCAAAUAGUUGAUGUUAAUGGAAGGGUUUUGGAUAGAGAGUCAAUGGGGGAAGACCUCUUUUGGGCUAUUAGAGGUGGAGGUGGAGCUAGUUUUGGUGUCAUUGUUUCUUGGAAAAUCAAAUUGGUUCAAGUCCCAGAAGUUGUCACAGUUUUUAGAGUUGAGAGGACUUUGGAGCAAGGCGCCACCGACAUUGUUCUUCAAUGGCAGUAUGUAGGGGAUACAAUAGAUGAUGAUCUUUUCAUUAGGGUGGUUGUGAUGCCAGUCAAUAGAAAAACUCAGACAGUGAAAGCUAAAUUUGUUGCUUUGUAUUUAGGAAUUGCAGAAAAGCUUGAAGCUUUGAUGGGUGAGAGGUUUCCCCAAUUGGGUUUGAAGCAUGAGGACUAUGUCGAAAUGGGUUGGAUUGAAUCGGUUCUGUAUUGGUCUAAUUACCCAAUUGGAACUUCUGCAGAUAUACUGCUUGAAAGAAUACCUCAGUCAGAAAAGUUCUUGAAGAAGAAAUCUGACUACAUCCAAGAACCAAUGUCAAAGGCUGGUCUUGAAGGACUGUGGAACAAGAUGAUGGAGCUGAAAAAGCCAGUACUAACAUUCAAUCCUUAUGGUGGGAAAAUGAGCGAAAUUCCGGAGCUUGACACCCCAUUCCCACAUAGAGCAGGAAAUGUGUACAAAAUUCAGUACUCGGUGAAUUGGAAAGAGGAAGGUGUAGAGGCUGAAGAUAAACAUCUUGAUCUGAUAAGAAGGCUUUACGAGCAUAUGACACCUUAUGUGUCAAAGUCACCAAGGUGUUCAUAUCUAAAUUACAGAGAUGUUGAUUUGGGGACUAAUGGAAAUGGCAAUGUGAGCUACUCAGAAGCUAGUGUUUGGGGGACCAAGUACUUCAAGGGAAACUUUGAGAGGUUGGUACAAGUGAAGACUGCUGUUGAUCCAGGAAACUUUUUCAGGUAUGAACAAAGUAUCCCACCUCUUACGGCUUGGAAUGGUAAAAUGGCAGAGUGAAGGCCGCUUGGUGUAUAUGUUGAACUUAUUUAUAGCUUGCUAACCUAUACAAGAACAAUGAUAGCUGAUGAAGGAAUGAAAACUUAUAUGUAUAAGAUGUCGUGGGUUGUCUUACUGUGAAAUAAAACAGAGCUAAAUUUUCUUUUGUGGUUGUAAUGCUUCUAUCUGGAGGAAAAUUAGUGGUCACUAGUACUACUCCACUGGUUGGAGCUGGUGUCUGUGAAAGUCGGAUUUCAAGGUGAAGAAUGGCUUGAUUCACAGAUUGUCCAUUAUUUCUCAUCCUAUUUGAUGGAAAUUGGAGACCUGUCUCUUUGUUUUGUGGAUGAA